GUAAGCGAGCGCCGGCGUCGCGGCGGCGGCUGUGAAGGAAGCUCGGUGGCUGUGGCCGCUGCGAGCAGGCCGGGCACCUCCUCACUGACCAGGGUUCCCUAGAACUGUCGAAGGCGGGGCCGCAGGCUGAGUUGCCGCAGUAUCUCGAUCCCCGGUGCGGCAGGUGCCGGCAGCGAGGGACGUAGCUUCAUCAAGAUCUCAUUAUGCAUCAGAAAAAUGAAAAAACAGAAGAAAAUUCUAUGGAGGAAAGGAAUUCAUUUAGCCUUUUCUGAGAAAUGGGAUACAGGGUUUGGAGGUUUUAAGAAGUUCUGCUUUCACCAACACUUAUGCGUUCUGAAAGCCAAAUUGGGAAGGCCAAGUACUUGGAGCAGGCAGUUGAGGCAUUUCCAUUGCAGAAAGAAGGCCCUUCAAAUCCAGAAAACGUGGAUCCAGGAUGCACCUUUUUUUGCUAAGACAAAGUCCAGUGUGGCUGCUCAAAAUGUUAGUACUUUGUCCUCUAAAGUGAAAAGAAAAGACUCUAAACACUUCAUUUCCUCCUCAAGGACCCUUUUAAGACUCCAAGCAGAGAGGCUGCUGUCCUCAGCAAAGAACUCUGACCAUGAAUACUGUGGAGAGAAAAGUGUCUUGAAGGCAGUUGCUGACUUACCAGGAAAUAAUGUUUUAGGUCAGGCCAAUGGUCAUAGACCUAGGACGGAGCCACAAGCUUCUGACUUUCCUAUGAAGUUCAAUGGGGAGAGCCAAAGUCCAGGUGAGAGUGGCACAAUUGUGGUCACCUUGAGCAACCAUAAGAGAAAGCGCUUUUGUUAUGGCUGCUGCCAAGGUCUGGAGCACCAUAGGAAUGGGGGACCCCUGAUUCCAAAAAAGUUUCAACUUAACCAACAUAGAAGAAUAAAAGUAUCUCCUUUUAUGAUGUAUGAGAAAUUAUCCAUGAUUAGAUUUCGGUACAGGAUUCUCAGAUCCCAGCACUUCAGAACAAAAAGCAAAGUUUGCAAGCUAAAAAAAGCCCAGCGAAGCUGGGUGCAGGUCACUGGGGACCAUCAAGAGACCCUUAGGGAGAACGGUGAGGGUGGCAGUUGCAGCCCAUUCCCUUCCCCAGAACCUAAAGACCCUUCUUGUCGGCAUCAACCAUACUUUCCAGAUAUGGACAGCAAUGCUGUGGUGAAGGGAAAGAACUCUCAUGUGCCUGAGGGCCACACUAAAGGAAGCCCUUUCUUGGGCAAGGAGCUUAGUUUAGAUGAAGCAUUCCCUGACCAACAGAAUGGCACUGCCACGUAUACCUGGGACCAGUCACCCUGUUCCUCUCCUAAGUGGGAGUGUACAGAACUGAUUCAUGACCUUCCCUUACCAGAACAUCAAUCUAGUAACGUGUUUAUCUCGGAAACCGAAAGAGAAGUCAUGACUCUGGGUCAGGAAAAUCCGACAAGUACUGUCAGUGAUGACAGAGUAAAACUGUCAGUGUGUGGGGCAGAUCAAUCUGUGAGUAGUGUAGAUGGGCCUGUGUCUGAAAAGCCUGUUCAGAAUGAGAGCUCAUGCCAGAUGGAUGAGGAUGAAUCUCUCAAGCAGAACAUUCUUAGUUCUAAGUUGCUGGACCACCCUUACUGUAAAAGUCCACUGGAGGCUCCUCUGACAUGCAGUGGACUCAAACUAGAAAAUCAAGCAGGAAGUGGGAAGAACAGUCAGAAAGCCUCUCCAGUGGAUGAUGAGCAGCUGUCCAUCUGCCUUUCUGGAUUCCUAGAUGAGGUUAUGAAGAAGUAUGGCAGUUUGGUCCCACUCAGUGAAAAAGAUGUCCUUGGAAGACUAAAAGACGUCUUUAAUGAAGACUUUUCUAAUAGAAAACCAUUUAUCAAUAGAGAAAUAACAAACUAUCGGGCCAGACAUCAAAAAUGCAACUUCCGCAUCUUCUAUAAUAAGCACAUGCUAGAUAUGGAUGAUCUGGCAACUCUGGAUGGUCAGAAUUGGUUGAAUGACCAGGUCAUUAAUAUGUAUGGUGAGCUGAUAAUGGAUGCAGUCCCAGACAAAGUUCACUUCUUCAACAGCUUUUUUCACAGACAGCUGGUAACCAAAGGAUAUAAUGGAGUAAAAAGAUGGACUAAAAAGGUGGAUUUGUUUAAAAAGAGUCUUCUGUUGAUUCCUAUUCACCUGGAAGUCCACUGGUCUCUCAUUACCGUGACACUCUCUAAUCGAAUUAUUUCAUUUUAUGAUUCCCAAGGCAUUCAUUUUAAGUUUUGUGUAGAGAAUAUAAGAAAGUAUUUGCUGACUGAAGCCAGAGAAAAAAAUAGACCUGAAUUUCUUCAGGGUUGGCAGACUGCUGUUACAAAGUGUAUUCCACAACAGAAAAAUGACAGUGACUGUGGAGUCUUUGUGCUCCAGUACUGCAAGUGCCUCGCCUUAGAGCAGCCUUUCCAGUUUUCACAAGAGGACAUGCCCCGAGUGCGGAAGAGGAUUUACAAGGAGCUGUGUGAAUGCCGGCUCAUGGACUGAAACUCAGCAGGGACUCUGGGAGGUCUGACCAAGUUGAAGCAGAUGGUUUGUUACUUGAAUCUCCAAACACUUAUUUGAAUUUUUACAGAUAUUUCAGAUCAGUGGUGUUGGGCCACUAUUGUUACCUCAAAUUUGUUUUUUUGCCCUAUUCAUUUCUCUAGCUACCGUGUACUAUUUUUUAAUGUUCAGUUUGGUUUCAUUUUUAAUUUUAUGGGUUCCGUGUGUUUCCCCCCAUAUUUAAUAUUUAUUAUCCAAACGCAUGCAUAUAGACAGAGCAUGCAGUGCAGAGUAUUAAAAAAAAAAAAAAAAAAACCUAGUAGAUUUGGUGCGGCUUUUGAAACUUAGUUAGACGUGAACUGAAUACAGGUUUAAAAUUUAAUCCCAGAACCUAAAAGUGCAGGAUGUUUUUAAUUCAGUGUAACUCUGAGAAUGAUUAGUUGUUCCCUGGGGCGUAAAGGGUAGCUAGGAGUGGUGGUUUUGACAAAGCCAGUCCUUUUACCUGCUGCACCUUUCACUGACUUCCCUCUCCCAAGUGAGUCUUGCCGAGUGAGUUGCAUUCCUUUUGAAGGGUGAGAAGUGGCCAAAACCUGACUGGUGUGUUCUGUUUAGAGAGGCACAUAUAAAGUGCAGUGCCUACUUUGGGAGGAGUUAAUUGAGGUGGGAGAAAAAGACAACUUUGGAUGUCCAGUUAAGACAUGAGACAUUUCAAUCUUGGCUUUAAGAAUUAUAACAAAAAGGCCUAACUAAGUCUUAUGAAGGCUUCGGCUGGAACACUGAAUUCUCUGGAUUUUUGGUUUUGGCCUAUUAAAAAUGUUAAUAUCCAUUAAACUGGCGGUCAAACACAUGAGAAUUCAGCCUUUCUGAGUACAAGCUGUUAUCCUUGUGUUGUCUCCCAUAUGGAAGAAAUUAAGAUUUGCCAAACACCUUUUAUUCCCCAAAGGUGUUUAAAAUACAAAUCUUCAAAACUAAAGACUGACCAGGUCUUUUGCAGAUGGGUAGGGAGGAGAGAAGAGGAAGGGUAACAAGACUGGACUGCAGAGGAGCACAGCAGAUGUGUUUUGCUCUUCCCUCUGGUCAUCUCAGCAGCAUGCAGGGCUCCUCACCUGACCACCCUGAGACUCCAGCGCUGGGGUCUUUUUUUCACUUCUAUCAGCCUCGCCUACUGGGGGAAAGCAGAAGUGACCCUGUCCUUAUGCUUAGCUGUAGUAGGAUUAAAGUAAUGGAUCUUGCAUCUUUAUUCUAGCCUUUUGUGAUACUUGAAAGGAAAGGGAAUCUGGAAGGAUGCAUGUUAAAUUACCCAAUUAUCUUUUCUGAACUGGGGCAGAAAAAAACACAAAGGUGUAUGUAAGAGUCUCAGAAGUUUACACAGAAUACCAAGUAAAUGACAGAAGAUACUUGGCAUUAUGCCUGUUUAGGUGUGACUAUUGAAAAUAAGCAGCUGAAACAUGGCAGUUUAAACUUGGCCAGAAGGUGAGGUUGCCAGCAGUCGAGGGUACGAACAUGUUUACACGCAGGGUUCCCACUCCCAGACAUUCCAAGCACCAACACCAAUGUUUACAUUGUCAAGAGCCCCAGUACUCUCCAGAUCCCUCUGGACUUACUGUAAAACCAACUCAGUAUUUCUUACUGCGAUCAGAGGCACUUUAUGCUGCUACAGUUAGGGUUAUGUCAUCAUUAACAAAGAGGACAGUUUAAGCAGGGAGGAUAUCAUCUUGAGGUUUUCCAACAUAAUUAUGCAAACGUGAAGUUUUUUCAGAUCUGCAUGUAAGACAUUUGCCUAACUUUUGCGGGGCAGGGAAGUAGUUAUACAAAGCAGCCAGUAUAACUAGGCUGUGGACUCCCACUAUCUUAAACUUCAGAGCUCCAGCUCACCUCCUCACUGACAGAACCAGGUAUGUAGAAGAGACACAAAACUGUGUCCUGAAUCUUCAUGUCCCAGACUUGAAUUGCCGUUUCCUACAGUCUGAGAAAUGGUCACCCUCUGGGUGCUGAGGCAAGCAGGGUGCACACAGGUAACUAAAGUGAACUGUCCAAGGCCAGCUUCCCUUUUACUUCCACUUUAAUAAGGCGCCUUGAGGUGCACUGACCAGCAUGCUUUUGCCUAAAUGUCAGAUAUUUUUAAGAAUGUGGUUCAAAAUGUUUCUCUGUUGGUGGAACUUGGUUUUAGCACACAUAGUUGCUUUUUCCCCCUAUUCUCAUGAUUAGGUGUGAACCUCUAUUUAGCCCAAGCCCCAUAUCAGAAGGGCCUUUGUUCUGAUGUUUGCAAUAAUUUCUUCCUUGCAACAAAGACGUUUUUGAAAUGUAGUCUGGACUGCUGGUGGAAGAGGCAGGCAUUGUUUUAUUGUCACUAGCUUGGCACUGAACUGUUCGGGAGCCCACAAGGUGGACAGCCCUUACGCUUUUGGGGUUGAGUGCAGGCCUUGUACAAACUAAAAGCUGCUUACGAUGUGCCUUCAAGCUGUGCCCAGUCCUGUCCAUCAACAAACUUACUAUAGUUCUUUCUUUCCAGUGAUUUGUCCUUACAUUAAAUCUGUAGCAAUGAAUAUAGAUUUAAUUGAACAUUUAGUUGCGUUCUCUUAAGAAAGGGAACCUAAGGAAGGGAAGAGCAGCAGUUGCUGCCCAAAGUCCCCAAAUCACUUUUUGGUUUUGUGCUGUAUUUUCUACUUAAUCACUGAGUAUGAGUGACACCGGUCACGCUGGAUUCAUAGAUGGAACAGAACAGCCCUAACUGGGACACAGCCAGCACUAGUCAGAGCUGCCCUUUUUCUCUGCAGUUGAUUCACUGCUUCCCUGCAUUAGAAGUGCUGACUGGGAGAGCUCUGGGUGUAUCAGACCCUUCAGGCGUGUUAAUAGUGUGAACUGAAUAUACUGACUACCUGCUCUGUUUAAUUAUGUUAAGAAACCGAACUAAUCAGCAGUUGUGAAGCACCUGUUUUUAUUACGUGUGAGGCUCUGCCUCCUGGCCUAUAGAUAAUUAAGAUCUAGGGAAUAUAUCUUCAGAGAAGUGCUAAUUGUAUUUGGGUGUUAAAAAAACAGGCCUAGAUAAGCUGUUCACUUAAAUGGUACCUUUUGGUCAGAAAAAGAAUUUAUUUAAAGAUUGUGAUCAUGUAAAAUUACUCAAACCUUCUAGCAAAAAUAUUUUUUUGAAAAAUAAACUAAAUACCUUUAUAAA